CCCGGAAGGACGCCGGCCUCUCACUUCCGCCCCCGCUGGGCGACGGCGCGUGCGCAGGGCCCUGGGCGCGGGCUGCGCGUGCGCGGCGGCGCCGGCCUCGCGGAGAACUUCCGGCUGUCGAGUUUCUGGCUCCCCCCAAGGAGCGGGUCGCGGGCGCUCGGAGCAGUGGCCCCGGGGCCUCCUGCCCGGAUAGUCCGGCUGCCGGCUCAGCCCCGCCGGUUCCCCUGGGGGUCGAGUCUGCGGAAGCCGGUGGUCAGCUGCCCCGCCAGGCCCGGGCGGAGCCGGCUGCGUGUGCGGCCGACGGCCCCUGCGGGCGGGGGCGAAGGGGGCCGCGACAGCUUUAGCCGCGCAGCGACCCCGCGGCCCCUGCGACAGUUAGUGAGUUCCGUAGAAACGUCAGACCCAGAACCCCGAGUGUCACCAGUCACCUCGAGCCGCCCCCCACCCCUCGGGCAGACGGCCAUUCGCAGACCUCGUGGCCGGUUUCUGUGCCUGGCGGGUGCAGCAGGCACCUGAUGCUGCACCCCCUUCCACGGGGUAUUCGGUCUCAAACCGAUAGAUGCACACGAAAGCCGGAUACCCCCGAAGGCUGAGCUAUCAGAGCGCUUCCCGGACUGGCGGCUCUGUUUGCUGCCAACUUAACAGUGACAGGAGCCUGGCUGACCCAGCGCCCUGAUGCUCGCACACCCUUCGCUGCCGUCCUAGGGUAUCUGGGAGAAGAAGGCAAGUCUGGUUAACCCUCCUUCUCCUUUUUGGGAGAUGAGACAACAUACCUGGCAAUGGCGUUGCUUAGCCACGGUCAGCGAGCGAGCUGGCAUGGCACACAGGUCCCAUGGCCUCCCAGCCAGUGCGCUUGUCUGGUACAUGGGAGACAGGGCUGGGGGGCCUGGCACGCCCCCCCUUGCUGCUCUCUGUCUCUGAUUCUGACCCCUCUGGGGCCACACGGAAGUGAGAUCGCACAGUGCUUGUCCUCUGUGGCCACUUACUUCACUUACUGAGCCCCGUGUCCUCCAGGUCCAUCCACGUUGUAGCAUCUGUCGGGACCUCCUUCCUUUAAGGCUGAGCAGCAUCCUGAUCUGUGGAUGGACACGUUUGCUUACCACUCACCUGCAGACGGACACUCGGGUUGCCUCCGCGGUGAGGUGUGUGAGCAGGGGUGUGGCUUCAUUCAUAGCCACGCCAGACUGAGAACAACCCACAUUUCACAGCUGGUGAACGGGGAGCAUGUAGGUCCAUCCACACCAGCAGGCGACUGCACAGAGAAAACGCUGGUACUCACAAAACACUAGUGGACCUCAGGCCCACCAUGUCCGGGUCUCGGGCCCCGGAGCCGGCCCUCAGCGUGCAGGGAGACGCCACCACCAGCACAGGGGACGAGGACGAGGACGCUGCCCACGGGACCCAGCACUCCCAUCGCAUGCUGAGCUUCAGCGACGCACUGCUGUCCAUAAUCGCCACCGUCAUGAUCCUGCCUGUGACCCACACGGAGAUCUCCCCUGAGCAGUUCGACAGAAGUAUCCAGAAACUUCUAGCAACCAGGAUUGCCGUCUACCUGAUGACGUUCCUCAUCGUGACCGUGGCCUGGGCAGCACACACGAGGUUGUUCCAGGUUGUUGGGAAGAUAGACGACACCCUGGCCUUGCUCAACCUGGCCUGCAUGAUGACCAUCACCUUCCUGCCCUACACGUUUUCCUUGAUGAUGGCCUUCCCAGAGGUGCCGCUGGGCAUCUUCCUGUUCUGUGUGUGCGUCAUCGCCAUCGGGGCCGUGCAGGCGCUGAUCGUGGUAUACGCCUUCCGCUUGCCCCACCUCCUGAACCCCCAGAUCGGGUGCUCCGCCCACCGGGGCCUCUACCGGCGCCACAUCCUGCACAUCGUCCUCCGGGGCCCAGCGCUGUGCUUCCUGGCAGCAGGCUUCUCCCUGUUCUUCUACCCGGUGUCGUACCUGCUGAUGGCGACGGUCAUCUUCCUCCCCUACGCCAGCAAGGCGGCCAGCUGGUGCAGAGGCCGGCUCGUGGGAGCCGCUCAGCAAAGAGCGGGUGGAGGCCUUCAGCGACGGGGUCUACGCCAUCGUGGCCACGCUCCUCAUCCUGGACAUCUGCGAGGACAACGUCCCAGACGCCAAGGUCGUGGAGGAGAGGUUCCAGGGCAGCCUGGUGGCCGCGCUGAGCGUGUACGGGCCGCAGUUCCUGGCCUACUUCGGCUCCUUCGCCACCGUGGGCCUGCUCUGGUUCGCCCACCACUCCCUCUUCCUGCACGUGCGCAAGGCCACGCAAUCCAUGGGGCUGCUCAACACGCUCUCGCUGGCCUUCGUGGGUGGCCUGCCCCUGGCCUACCAGCAGACCUCGGCCUUCGCCCAGCAGCCACGCGACGAGCUCGAGAGCGUGCGCGUCAGCUGCGCCAUCAUCUUCUUCGCCAGCAUCUUCCAGUUCGCCAUGUGGACCGCGGCCCUGCUGCGCGAGGCGGAGACGCUGCAGCCCUCGGCGUGGUUCGGGGGCCAGGAGCACGCCUUCAUGUGCGCCAAGCUGGCGCUCUACCCCUGUGCCAGCCUGCUGGCCUUCACCCUCACCUGCGUGCUGAGCAGGUUCAGCACGGCCAUCUUCCACAGCAUGCAGAUCGCCGUGCCCUUCGCCUUCCUGCUGCUGCGGCUCCUCGUGCGCCUGGCGCUGGCCCUCCUGCGGGCCCUGCGGGGCCUGGCCGCGCCCGCCCGGGACACCAUGGACCCAAGGGCCCCACCGCUCCCUGCCCCCUGCUAGCACCGCCCCUGCCAGGACUCGGCUUUGUGGGGGCACGCGCCCAUCUGUGUCCUGGGCCCACCCAGGCUCGGGCAGCUGUGUGGGGCUGGCAGGUGGGUGUGCUGUGGCCCUGGGUCCUCAGUGCCAGGCAGGCCCUCCUGGGACCCCAUGGCCCAACCUGGCCCACCCUCCCAACGUGCAGACCACCCUCCCCACAGUGGUGCCGACGCAGAGACAAGCGAGACGCAGCAGGCCGUGCCCAGACUGUAUUGCCGACCUACGUCAGGGCUGCAGGUCGCAUGUGGCACAGGAGGCACUGGUGCGAAGCCACAGACACAUCUGGGCACAGACGCACGUAGACAACAGGACAGCCAUCACCCACGAUUUAGAGUCACAGCAGAGCCGCAGGGAGAGACAGGCACAGGACAGGGCAGGGGACGCGGCACACGGGACGAAGGCUGCUCAGUGCAUGUCAGUGCAGCUUUGGCAGAAGCUGGGGGGGGGGGGGGCACAUCUGAGGCUGAGGCCAAACCUCGGCAAAUAGCAGCAAAGGGACCGGCACAGGGCCGGAGGGGGAGAAGGGCAUGGUCUGUGGUCCCCCUCUGGGGCCUCGGGGCUUCCCAGGCAGGGUGUUUGGUCAGGUUCCUCCGGGUGACCCAUGGCCCGGCAGCCACGCCCCCUGCUGGGCCUCCACGUGAGGGACAGGGACUGCAGGGCCCGUCCGCGCCGGGAGGGCCACGUUCAUUGUUGGCAAACAACACAAAGUGCGAGUGGUCCCUGGUGAUUAAAGCUGGUUCCCCCACA